AUGAGCACACCGUCGAAAACGAGCCGGCCGACCCCAAAUCCCAUAGUAACCACACCGUCCGUAAACGCGCCUCGGCCGUUGCACCUCCCUCAUCUCGUCGACUCUGAUCCCGGCCAACAGAACCCGGCCUUGCUGUUGUCCUCUCAAGCGAGCCCAGCCGGCACACCACUCCCGUCGAGCACGACGUCCAUGUCCUAUUCCACCCCUUCAUCCACCACCGAACUCGUCUUCCAGCCGAACGCGCACAAGAGUCGCCCGAGCAGUCUCAAGGUCGCUCGUCGUCAGUCUUCCAUCUCCUACCUUCCUCCCGACAGCGAGAGACACUGGCGGAUACGCUCGCCCACUGUCCCCACAUCGGCUGCGGCCAGUGAGAGCGAGAGCGGUUCUGCGAGUCCUAGUCCGGCGUUGAGCAGGAGCGUGUCGCUGAGCAGUGCUGCUUCCAAGUCAAAGCUGAAGGAGGCGCGUCGGUCGUCGUUCGACCCUCGUCCGGAACGAGCAGCUGCAGCGCUGACACUCGCUGAGAAGCAUGCCGAUCUCUUGCACUUCAUCGCUCAGAAGGAGUCCAAGUGUCUCGAACUCCGCUCACAGCUCUCUUCGCACGAAGCAGAACUCCUCCAGCUCAAACAGAAAUGGGAACGCAUCGUCAACCGCGACUUUGGCAAGGCCCUCAGCUCGACCUACUCUCCCUCUGUCUCCUCAAAUACCCCCAGCACGCCCAGUACGAACGGCAGCAGCAACAGCAAUAAUACUACACAACAAUCCCAAGGCCAUUCUUCCAAUGGUGCGAGCGCUUCGUCCACGAAUCACGGUAACGGAGCCGUCUUUGAUGGGUUUGUGGAGGGCAUGCAGGGAAUGGGCCGUCUAAUCGCAGCAGGACUUACCUCGCCUGCCUUAUCCUCCUCGGGAGCUUCAUCACCCGUCGUUCCUUCUUCGAUUUCGCGCGGACAUGCGCCCUCCUCGUCGUCUGCCAGAUCUUCGACGCUUGGGAGGCGUAUUGCUAACGGCCACGGCCACGGCCACGGGCGUGGACACGCGGCCCACAUGUCCACCUCGUCCACUUCGACGGCCGCGACGGGGAGCACGAGCAUGAGCGGGAGCACGAGGCUGUCGCAGUCCUCGGCGUCGUCGUUGGGGAUGGGCGACGAGCCGAUUUUGGGUGUACAUAAGGAGGAGUCGGACACUGAGGACCAGGUCGGUAGUCAGGAGUUGAUGGUACGGGACACGGGCGCCACACCGACGCUCAGUCCUAAUCCUAAAUUCAUACGCCGCCAUUCUCAACCGCCUUCGAAUUCUUCUUCGCCUGUAUCUAUUUCACCUCCACCCUUGGGUCUCGCCAGCUCGAAGCUUCAUCGCCGACGGUCGCGCGAGGCCCCGCCCCUUGUUUCGCUGGACGAGGCAGAGCCUGAGUUAAAGUCGCAGGACGUGAAGAUGCCGAAGAAGAGGUCGAGUUUGAGCGGGAUGCAGACGGGCGCUGCGCAGACCCCGACGAGUAUACCAGGUAUUGGGAGUUUGUCCGCUAUGGGAGCGCAAGGCUGGGUCGGAAGUGUUGGGAAGAAGUUCGAGGAUCUGCAGAACGGGAAAACUUUCUCUAAAGGCUCAAAACGUGCAUCUUUACUUCUCUCCGACGUAUUCGCCGCUCUCUCUUCUCCAUCUCCUUCCGCCACACCAUUCGCCAUCGUCUCUCCCAGCACAGAAAACACGCCGUCAACGCCUCCCGUUCGUCGAAACCCAUCUCAUACUUCGCUCAUGGACGAUGACGACGACGUUCUCGUAAGCCUCGGUGCAUCUGUCUUGACGCCAGACUCUACCGCACCGGUCACGCCUGUAACUCCCAAGACGAACCUUACUGGAUUGUCUAACUCCGCGAAACCGAUGAGGCCUCUGGUUCCGACUCGGGCUGCGACCACGCCUGCUGUCAAACAGAAUCAAAGUCAAGCUAAAGAUGACGAGGAUGAGUGGAACUGGUAAUCUGUCAACUUCAUCGUCAUCAUUCCUUGUCCUGUCUUGCUUUUCGUUCCCCAUCCUUCCCACCUCAUUCAAUUUUUUAUUCUCAUCUUCUUCAUCUUCAUCUUGGAUACGUAUCAAUCUAUCACACUCCAAUCUACAUAUCUAUACAUCAACCUGCCUGCCUACAUUCGCACGUACUCUGACCAACUCAUGACAAGUUCCAACGAUGACAUACCGGUUCUUCGACGCAGUCCAACAACGUUCAAUAUAUACUAACUACAUUCUACAUUCACACAUUCACACCUACAUACCUGGAUCUCCCUCCCUAAACUGAAACUGGAUCCCCUCCUUCUUCUUUGAACUCUGUAGAAUACAAUUAUGCAUGCUUUUUAGUCGCCUUUCCUUCCCUUCUCUUCAUUCGUCCAUCGAUGCUUUCAACAUCUUUAUUCC